AUGAAACUCAACCAACGUUGGAUGCCAUUAUGGUUGUCCAUCAUUCUAUUCGUCAGCAUUUUCGGUUUGUGCUGUCGUCACUCAAAUGCCAAAUUUACCACAGAUGUCCAACAAGAAGCAUGUCUGCUAAAUGCUGCAAGAAGACAACUCAUUGGAAAUGACAUCCAACAAUUGUCAUCCAUUCUUGUUCACGUUAAAUUAUUUAACCACGUUAUCAUGACAAGUGAUCUUUUAAAUCAUUUGACAAUUCUCUUCAAAAAACAAAACUACCGUGAAGACUUUCAAUUCAGAUCUGGUGACACUCUCGAAAGUCACAAAAUUUUCACUACUCGUAUCUCACACGACUUGCUCGUGAACUCACUUGCAAAGAAUGAUUUCAUUUUGAAGACAGUGGAAUGGAUCAAGAGAGUUCCAUCCGAUGAGAGAGUGACUUUUUCAAGCUUGAGUUUGGAUUCUUUGAAAUUUGCCACUUUACAUGUCAAGUUUGAUGCAUCCGAGACAAAUCUCUCACAAUUGAAGGAUAACAUUCUCCCUUCCAUUCAAAGUUCUUUCCAAACUCAAUUCAAUAGCAGAAUGUUACAACAUUUGAAUAGUGUUUCUUUUUCAAAUGCCAUUCAUGCACUCACUCAGAGAGAAACUUUGAACAAACUAAGCUCACACUCGAAAUUAUUCAAUGAAUUCAUGACGACCGUUCAGAACGGCCAAGAGAAUCAUGAAGGAGAAGCUCAAAUUCUCAAUAACAACCUAUUCGACGAAGAUCAAAUGAGAAAUUUCUUUCACACUCAACUCUCCAAUUAUUUUGACUUGAAUUGGAAAUUUGAUGAAACUACUCCUCAUUUGCUACAAGUAUCAUUGAACAAUUUCGAUCUUAAUAUUUGGCAUUUAAUUCAAACUGGUAAAUUCCAAGAUCAUUCAAAUUCACCUCUCAUUCAACACUUUAAAAAGAGAGAAGAUAUUGAAAAGCUCUUUAUGGUUCAACAACAAGAGAGCACUCCUUCUGAACUCUCUUAUUUGAAUGAAAUGUUUAAAGACCUUUCAGAAUCGAUGGGCCAACAAUUAUUGAACUCCUUUAAAUCCUUAGAGAGUGUGGAUGUCAUUACACGUGGUGUGAAUUAUCAAAUUACUAAUUAUGGAGCAAAUCAAGUACUACAAUCAGGUGGAACUGACAAUAGUUACAUGUGGAAACAAGGAAUCACUGGAUUGGGUGAAAUUGUGGGUGUCACUGAUACAGGUGUGAAUGUCAAUCAUUGUUUCUUUUCUCAGAGCGGUGAAAGUUAUUCUCAACUGAAUUUGAAUAAUCGAAAAAUUGUUUACAUUGAUACUCAGAAUGGAGCUGGAAAUAUUGUGGAUGAUGGUGGGCAUGGUACUCACGUCUGUGGUACUGUGGCAGGUUAUCCUAUCAAUUCUCCUUCUCAAUCCAUUUCCAAUCAAAUUGGUGUUGCCAAAGAUGCCAAACUCUACGUUGUGGAUGCUCAAAAAUCAUCCUCUGGUGGUCUCUACAUUUCCGAUCUCACUGUUUUAUUGCCACGAAUCUAUUCCUCUGGUGCUCGUAUCAGUUCCAACUCUUGGGGAUGUGGCAAUCCAUACCAAUGUACCUACGAUUGUCAGUGUUACAGUUUGAAUUCGGAUGGUUCUCAAACACCUGUCUCUGAUUCAACUUGUUUACAACAAGUGGGUCGUCGUUGUUGUCAUUAUUGUAAUGUGUAUGGCACUCAGAGUCGAUCCAUUGAUUCUGUUCUGAAUCGAAUGGAUGAAUUGCUCUAUGUCAAUGCUGCUGGUAAUGAUGGAGACUAUUCAUAUGAUUCAACGAUGGGAGAUCCAGCCACUGCAAAGAAUGCUCUGAGUGUUGGAUCUUCGUAUGCCACCACCGAGUAUUACCAAAUGCUCUAUCCUUCAAGUAAUAUUAAUGCAAGUGUUUUGAAUAUGGAGAAUUUGAGUUACUUUAGUAGUCGAGGACCAACCAUUGAUAACAGAAUUAAACCUGAUGUGGUUGCUCCAGGAUCGUACACUUCAAGUGCUGAUUUUAAGAGUACUUGUGGUUUAGCCACCAUGUCUGGUACAAGUAUGGCCACACCUGCAGUGAGUGGUGCUGCUGCUCUUGUGCGUCAAUAUUUACUUCGAAACAAUAAGCAGAAAUUAAUUGAAUUUGAAAUGUUCAACAAGACAGCCGCUCAAACACUUUCUGGUACUUUGGUGAAAGCUUUGAUCAUUCACUCGGCUGAAAAGAUGAAUGGAAUGGUUCAACUUUAUCCAAAUUAUUAUCAAUCAUUGUCCAUCAUGCCAAUUCCCAAUAACUUUGUUGGAUAUGGAAGAGUGAAUUUAAAACGAGUGCUCAAGUUUGACAAUGAUGCUACUAGUGUAGGUUUGGUUGGACGAAUUGGUGUCAUGAAUAGGGUGGUGCUUGAGCCUGGCCUCUCAACUCAAUUUGAAGUUGUGACAAACUCAGCCUCCAAUAGUAACACUCUCAAAGUGACCAUUGUGUGGUACGAUUUGCCAGGUGCUGUGGUCAAGGGAAGCACAGAUAAAAGAAUUGUGAACGAUUUGGAUCUUAAGGUUAGCGUAAAUGGAGGUAAAAAAGUGUAUUAUGGCAAUGGAGAGCUAACACAGAACACUAAUUUCGAUUCUACCAACACUGUGGAAAGCGUAACCAUCAAUAAUCUUCCAGGUGGUGUUUCUUGUGUUGUAAGCGUUGGAGCAAAAGCCUCAAACAAGGGAAGUCAAGCCUUUAGUUUGGUGGUGUCUGGUGGUUUUACUGUCAAGUCAUCCCCUCAAACAGGAUCAUCCCUUUACCCAGGAGCAUCCCCACAAACAGGAGUAUCAUCCCCUCAAAAAAGAGUGAAUGCAGGUUCCAGAAUAUUGAGUGAUAACAUUUGGGCAUUAUGCAUUCUCCUUUCCACUCUUCUUGUUGUGAUGAUGUAA